UUAAGCCAUUUGGUAUUCAUACCAAAUCUAAUUGACCGAUCACAGCCACACACGCAGAGAGGAGCGGCAAUGGCGGAGCUUCGAUCCUUGUUCGACGACGGUACUCCGCUGAUGCGUGUAAAGAAUAGAUGCGUUGCAAAUACAGUGCAGCAGUAGGCCAGCAGCGAGUAUCUGACAUCGGCACCAGCCGGCGGCGAGAUGAGCUGCUCCCCGGUGCCAGAACCUGACCACCACCGCCUGCUGGCCACCCUCGCGCGCCACGGCCGCCUCGCCGCCGCCGCCACGCUCUUCUCCACGGCCGUCCGCACCACACGCGCGCUCAACACCAUACUCGCCGCCCUCUGCUCCUCCCCGUCGCUGCUCCGCGUUGCCCCCUCCGUGCUCCUCCUCGCCGCCCCCACCGCCUCCCCCGACGCGGCCACCUUCCGCGUCCUCACCUCCGCGCUCUGCCGCGCAAGCCGCCCCUCCGCCGCCGCCGGCCUCCUGCGCUGCAUGCCCUCCCUCCACCUCGACCCGGACUCGCCGCUGUGCCGCGCCGUGCUCUCCUCCCUGUGCCGCUGCGCCCCGGCCCGGGACGCGGCGGCGUUCCUGGACGACAUGCGCCGGUGGGGCGUCCCGCCCAGCGGGCUCGACCACCGCGCCGUCCUCCGCGCCCUCCUGCGGGAGGGGAUGGUGGCGGAGGCAUACGAGGUCGUCAGAGAGAAGAUGGGCUCCGAUGGCGUGGCCCCCGGGGUGGCCGACUUCGAGCUGAUGCUGCGCGCGUUCAGCGAGCGCGGGCAGUUCGACGCCGUCGACGAGGCGUUCGACGAAAUGCUCCUCCGAGGGCUCGUGCCGGGCGUGGCCGUCUACAACGUGUACGUCGCCGCGCUGUGCAAGAAAGGGGACCUGGCCGGCGCGCGCCGGAUGGUGGAGUGCAUGGAGCGCGCCGGCUGCCCGCCGGACGUCAGGAUGUUCGGCGUCGUGGUCGCUGGGUGCGUGUCCGCCGGGGACGCCGGCGCUGCCAGGGACGUGGCAUGGGAGGCGGUGCGGCGAGGCCUGCGGUGGGACACGCCGUCGAUGGUGGAGCUGGUCGGCCUGCUCCGGGCGGGCGGGCACGUCGCGGACGCGCACGGGCUGCUGCUGGACGUGUUCCUGCACGGCGGGUGCACGGGAGUGGACGCCUCGACGCUCGGGCAGCUGAUAUGUGCCAGCGAAGGCGCCUGCAGCGUGAUCACAGAUCACCCGAAAGACUAGAAAGUGCAUCACAUUUUGAGGUCCAUGCCUCGUUUAAUCUGUUCCGAAUGUUUCAGCUGCAGGUCAAUCUGCCAAUGCAUUCUAGUGCUUGAUGAAUGUCCACUGGAUAUUUAGAUGUACGCAUUUCACAUAAUUUUUUAAGAGUUUAAU